AUGGAGAAUCAACCCAAACGAGCGGGGCUCGGAAGGACGAGCUGUACUGAAUGUCGUCGUCGAAAAGUGAAAUGCGUUUACGACGACGAUCAGGCUGAGUGUCAACAAUGCAACAGACACUCUCUCACCUGCCAGCCGCAGAAUGCAGAAUCAUCUCUAGAAGAAAGAGAUGAAAUCAUUCAAGGGUUCUCGCAGUUUGCCGGCCAAGUUGAGACACGAAUGAUUCGUAUGCAGACUGCAAUCGAAACCUUGGCUCGUAAACUUGACUCGCAAACCAGCCACCAAGCACACUGUAGAAGUGAUGCAAGCUACCGGGGUGCGAGCGAGCCAUUUGAGACACCACAAUCGCGUUUGACGGCAUCGCUUAAGGGGCUUUUACCUGACAAGCCGGUUCUGUCCAGGAUUCUGGAACAUAGUAGUAAGUUCACCCAGAAUUGGAUGAGCUGGCCUCUAGCGACGGUAUCAUAUCAACAACAAGACAACGACUUCCUCCCUGUCAAAACAGUCACACUGUUUGAUGCUGGGUUUCCGAAAGACGUCGAGUCAGCGUUCAAGUUCGUUGACAAGUCAAUGUCGUCAAGCUACCAAAAACCACCAAACCCUGGGGUUGUCGCGAAAUGCAUAGUCUGGCUCUGCCUCUCUAUCAAAGAAUUACCCCAGAGGUUCAAAUAUAGCGACAAUCGAGCGCCACCACCAUUUGAGCCAAGAUUCCUUAUUGACAACUGUAUCGCCAAAGUUGAAGCCCUGUAUCAAGUCAGCUCAACACCGGUCUGCAAUAUCAACUUUGUCCAGGCCCUGAUCCUCCAAGGCGAACUAUUCCUCUCCAUAGGUCGCCCGACGAAGGCAUGGAAAUGUAUCAGGACUGGUAUCGAGAACGCCAUGCUUCUGGGCGUACACCAGGGCCGGUCUAGCCUGGAUCGAGGUAUUUGGGAAGAGUUAUGGAUCCGAGACCGACAGCUUUCACUCUUCCUCGGAAUGUCCCAUGCAGUACCAGUGCAAUUGGGGCCCAAGAUGACAGAGGAAGAGUACCCCGUUGCAGAAAAGGAAGCUUUUCGCCAGAUAGCCACAGUAUCAGGCCUUCUUACAAGCCGAAACCUAAUGAAAGAAGACACCCCUAGCGCAACCAUCACACGCACGCUCCAAGAAAUGAGGGAAUUGAAAGCAAUGAUUCCGGAGCAUUGGACGAAAGGACACCCGAGAUAUGUCUCUUAUCUCCCGCAGGCCUUUACCCGCGCCUACAUCAAGAUUCUCUACCAUACAUUUGAACUUAUGCUAAACUGGCCCAAAUGUCAACCGUCAAACGUUGAUCCUCAGCAAGUUAACGACUUUGAACCUUCAAGGAAGGCCAUACUGGAAGCAACACAAGAAAUCAUAAAGGCUCACGAAGCCAUGAGAGCACCGGAAGUCGAGCCGAAUGCGGUGAUGAGGGCUGAUUUUGUGGAUUUCCUUGCUUUCAAGGCUGCGCUUGUAAUGGUGGCAGUGAUAAAAGACAAGAAGAACCCCAUGCCGUAUGAAGAGAGCGAACCUCUCUGGAAAUUGAUAGAUGACCUGGGAGACAGACUACAAAAGACAUCUAAGGCAUAUGACGACGCAUUUGCCAAACAGGCUUGCCUCGCUCUCAAGAUUCUGUUUUGCGCAAGCGAAGGGGACUAUAUCUGGUGUGGAACGCAUGAAGUAGCUAUCCCCUACUUUGGGAGACUCGAGACUUGUAAAGUCAUCAGCGCAAAGGACCUGGCCAAACGCAGCCGCAACGGGACACGCCCAAGCAAGAUAGUUGUCAAGAUGGAUUCGAACCAUGUUGUUUUUGGACUGCCGUAUGAGCGUGUCCCGGAGCUGGAACUGGCAGCGGACUGGACCGAGUUGGGAUCUUCCAGGGAGUAUGGAUGGAGAACAACUUUUGAGUUUGAUUGUUUGACUCAUGAAGGUUUUUAG